AUGAUUAUUACUCUACCAAUAAUGAUAUUUUAUAUGUUCACUACCAUAGUAUUGAAUUAAGAAUUUGUGACAUUUCAUAAAGGUGUUUGUGGUUGUGAAGAAUUGAAUGAAAAAGAAUGUGAAACUGAAAGUGAUUGGAUGAAGGGACGUUGUAAUAUAGAAAAAGGUAAAUGUGUGACUCGUAGAUGUGAAAAUAUUAAUGAUAUUGAUCUUUGUAUAUAUCUAGGUUGCUAUGCUAAAAAUAACAAAUGUUAUAAAUCAAAAAGUUGCAAUGAGCAAACUGAAGAAGAAUGUAGUGAUAUAUUUAAUCGUGAUUGCACAUAUGAUUAAAAUUUAAAAAGAUGUUUGAGUUUUUAUGAUCCAAAACCUGAUUUAUCUAGACCAACUUGUGCUGAACAAUCUACAGAUAAAUGUUAUGUUGCUAGAGAAGGUCUUUGCUAUGUUAAAGAUGGAAAAUGUUAAGAAUUGACAAAAUGUGAAGAUGUAAAAUUAGAUGCAAUUUGUCAAAAGACUUAUCCUGCAUGCUUUAUGUAACCAAUAAUAUCUUGUAUAACAAAUGAUAAAUGUGAAAAUUCAAUUAGUCCAAAAUGUAGUCCAAGAAAAUAAAAAAUAAAUGGAAAUCAAUAUUUACUUUGUAAGAAAUUAGAAGAUGGAGAAUGUGUAAAUUUUGAUCCAUCUUAAGAAAAUGAAGAAACAUGUUAUAAAAAUUCUAAGUUAUUUUAUCAUUGGGAUGGUAAAAAUUGUGUAAAAUGCAAAGGUUGGUAAGUCAGUGCAAAAUAAAUUACAACUAUUAUUUUUAUACUAUUGAUAAUGAAUCAAAUAUGA